AGGUAUGGAGAGGUUAGCAGAAGAAUGUGAACUGAAUUGUACGGAAGAGAAACAGAUUCAGGUUAUUGAAAAAUGCCUUCCAUUAGUUCGAGCAGAUCGCGACAACAAAACAAUUUCGUUAGGAUACCUUCUGCUGACGCGGAUUCUUGAGAAAUGUAGCCCGCAGUGCCUACGAGCUGCUCAGUCUAGACUGGGAAAGAAAUUGGUGGAUGUUAAGAAUAAUGCUACAGUAUAUGGUGGACUCUUCUUGAGGCAACUGCUCAUACGUAAUCCGCAGGUGGGAAAUCUUCACGCUGAUGUGAUUUUCAGUAUCAUUAUGCGUCUGAUCGAUAUGGCUCUGAGCAGCAAUGAUGCUAUUUUGAGAGAUCUAGCCAUUGAAAUCUACUCCAUUCGUUAUGGAUGUGAUGAUCAAAUGUUGGAAAGGCUUUUGAACACGUUGGCCGCUUCGUUAACCCCAAGACUGGUCUCUCAGGAAGAGCGUAAUGGAAUUCUUCCGUUGAAAUCAUUUGGUCUUUCCUCGUUGCGUGAGGAUCUGUGCUGCCUUCUCUUCGAUACGUACUCAUCAGCGUUAGCUUAUGCAAAGCAAGCUCAGUACAUCGUACGAGGUGUUCUUUUACCUGUACUUGAGAGUGGUCUGAACGAUGAGGCUAUCCGAGAUUCUUCUUUGGGAACUAUUCGUUCGCUUUGCAGCAACUGCGGAAGCGCACUAUUACCUAUUAUUUCCCGCAUUAUAAUCAUGCUCAUAUCGAAGUUGGAUAAACCAAACAGCGCUUUGUUCGAAACGCUGGCGCACAUUUGCCGUCUGUACGGACCUGGAUCCACUCUAUUCCGACACUUUUAUGUUAUUUUUGGAGCUAUGAGACAUCCGUUGGAUGAGCAGGAGUAUGGCGAAUCUGCAGCUAGUGUGUUAGCAGCAAUCGUUGAAACAUCGUCCUUUCUUGUGAAACCAGAGGUGUAA